AUGUCUGCGAAUAGUGAAGAAUCAGGCGGGGUUGCUGACAAAGCCCUACAGCUCGUUUUAGAAAUGAAGCGCAAUCCCGACAUAAUGCCUCCUUACAACGUAUGUCGAAACAUAUGACACAAAAAGAUAGUAAAUGUUGCAGUCAGAUCUUGUUCGUCAAUGCCUGAAUAAGAUUGACGAGCUCUACCGGCUGAACGCGCAAGAACUGUAGGUAAAUUGAGAUUUUUGAAGUUUUCCAAGCCAUUUCAUCAUUCUUUUAAAAAGUGCAAAGAAAUUUUUCUAGAAUCGACAUCCGCGCAGGUCGACAAGAGGACCAUUCACUGCUACAAGCGAGAAUCGUUGCUAUGUAUCACAUUCGAGUUAGUAAAAUCAUAAAACUUUCAAGAAUUGGAUUUCAGCGUUGUUUAUGCGCUUACAUAGGCUCAAGGAAAGAUCGAAUCAAAUCCUAUCGCUGGAAGUUUGGAGGGGUUCUUCCUCUCGCUAUCAAGGUAUCAUCGAGUGAAUUGUGUUGAAUUUUUUUUUUCCAUUUUCAGAACGCCCUGUGUGACGCCGAAAUUGAAUUUUUCAACGAAUACUCGAGCACUUUGGCUAAUUUUCAAGUGAGAAUUAAUUUUUUUUUUUCGUUGUUCUUCACGAAUUCAAACUUAAGGCGAAUCUAGGAGAGAGUGGUGUGAACCUAUUGCUUCAUACUGAACCACCGAAAAAGCCUAUUUAUUCAGGUAAAUUUUUCAGAAUGUUUUAAAAAAAUUAUAAUUUUCCAGGUUCGAGCAUUGGAAAAAUUAUGGCGAAUUUGAAACUUCCGAUGGGACGCUGGUUGUUUUGAUGAAAGAUUCAUUGGUAAAGAAAUUCGUUGAUUAAAAAUCAAUUAUUUUUAUUUUUUCAGCACUCUUUGCCACGUCAAGACUGUGAAAUGUUGAUUCGGCAGGGUGUUUUGGAAGUCGCAAACAGUUGA